AUGUACGCGACGUUGAUCCUCCUUGUCCUCGUCCUUUACAAGUCGAUAGUAGCGCUGCAGUUCGUCUUUCUGGUUUUGGAGCUACGAGAGAGGUUCCAGAGUAUUAACGCCAGUGUAAGAGAGUCGUUGCCACCACUCAGCGUGAAAGAGCUUCGUACAGUGUUUGGGGUUGGGAAGGAGCAAGUGUCGCCACAGGCCACCUCUGGCAGACUGCGACAGCUGAGGGAGGCGUACGUGGUGCUGAUGCACGCAGGGGAGACCCUGCAGCGGCACUUCGGCCUGCCAGUGGCCCUGAACAUCGCCCACUGCGUGGGCGGCAUCACGUUCUACGCCUACGGGAUGCUGAGCCCGGCCGCGACGCGGCAGUUGUCCUACCGGGGGGUCAGCUUGUCUGUGCUGUGGCUGGCCCACCACUCGCUGCGGCUGGUUGCGAUGCCAUUGGCGUGCGCGGCCACUGCCGACGCUGCAGCCGACACGGGGCCCCUGCUGCUCAGGGCGUCCGCCGUCUGCGACUGGCGCAGUCCAGAGCUGGACACCUUCAUGAGACUCACGCUUCGAGGACCACGACUGCGCUUCACCGCCGCCGGACUGGUCGUCGUCGAUAGGCGCCUGCUGGUCUCUGCCCUCGCCGUGGUAGUCACCUACCUAGUCAUCCUGGGACAGCAGUGA